AUGCUGUCCUCGCAAGCUGUGCUGUCCUCGCAAGCUGUGCUGUCCUCGCAGGACGUGCUGUCCUCGCAACCUGUGCUGUCCACGCAAGCUGUGCUGUCCCCGCAACCUGUGUUGUCCUCGCAAGCUGUGCUGUCCUCGCAAGCUGUGCUGUCUGUGCCGUCCUCGCAAGCUGUGCUGUCCUCGCAAGCUGUGCUGUCCUCGCAAGCUGUGCUGUCCUCGCAAGCUGUGCUGUCCUCGUUAGCUGUGCUGUCCUCGCAAGCUGUGCUGUCCUCGCAAGCUGCGCUGUCCUCGCAAGCUGUACUGUCCUCGCAAGCUGUGCUGUCAUCGCAAGCCUUGCUGUCCUCGCAAGCCGUGCUUUCCUCGCCAGCCGUGCUGUCUUCGCAAGCUUUGCUGUCUUCGCAUGUUGUGCUUUCCUCUCAAGUAGUGCUGUCCUCUCAAGUUGGGCUGUCCUCUCAAGUUGAGCUGCCCUCUCAAGUUGGGCUGCCCACUCAAGUUGAGCUGUCCUCUCACGUUGUGCUGUCCUCUCAGGUUGUGCUGUCCUCUCAAGUUGAGCUGUCCUCUCAAGUUGAGCUGUCCUCUCAAGUUGAGCUGUCCUCUCAAGUUGAGCUGUCCUCUCAAGUUGAGCUGUCCUCUAGAGUUGAGCUGACCUCUCAAGUUGAGCUGUCCUCUCUAGUUGAGCUGUCCUCUCAAGUUGAGCUGUCCUCUCAAGUUGAGCUGUCCUAUCAUGUUGAGCUGUCCUCUCUAGUUGAGCUGUCAUCUCUAGUUGAGCUGUCCUCUCAAGUUGAGCUGUCCUCUCAAGUUGAGCUGUCCUCUCAAGUUGAGCUGUCCUCUCAAGUUGAGCUGCCCUCUUAUGUUGAGCUGUCCUCCAAAGUUGAGCUGUCCUCUCAAGUUGAGCUGUCCUCUCAAGUUGAGCUGUCCUCGCAAGCCGUGCUGUCCUCGCAAGUUGUGCUGUCAUCGCAACCUGUGCUGUCCUCGAAAGCUGUGCUGUCCUCCCAAUUUGUGCUGUCCUCGCAAGCUGUGCUCUCCUCGCAAGCUGUGCUGUCCUCGCGAUCCGUGCUGUCCUUGCGACUUUUGCUGUCCUCGCGAGCUUUGCUGUCCUCGCGAGCUUUACUGUCCUCGCGACCUUUGCUGUCCUCGCAAGUUGUGCAGUCCUCGCAAGUUGUGCUGCCCUCUCAAGUUCAGCUGUCCUCACAAGUUGAGCUGCCCUCUCAAGUUGAGCUGCCCUCUCAAGUUGAGCUGCCCUCUCAAGUUGAGCUGCCCUCUUAUGUUGAGCUGUCCUCCAAAGUUGAGCUGUCCUCUCAAGUUGAGCUGUCCUCUCAAGUAAUGCUGUCCUCGCAAGCUGUGCUGUCCUCGCAAGCUGUGCUGUCCUCGCAAGCUGUGCUGUCCUCGCAAGCUGUGCUGUGCUCGCAAGCCGUGCUGUCCUUGCAAGCCGUGCUGUCCUCGGAAGCCGUGCUGUCCACGCAAGCCUUGCUGUCCUCGCAAGCCGUGCUGUCCUCACAAGCUUUGCUGUCCUCACAAGCUUUGCUGUCCUCGCAAGCUUUCUUGUCCUCGUAA